AUUUCCUCCGAUCUGGAGGAAGCGGGAGUUCUUCUUUCAGAACACCAAGGUCAUCUUUGCUCACCGGUGACUAAGAGUUGCUGAGGCUGUGGGUGUAGCCAACGCUUAAAUAGCAGACCUGUUGUCUUCCGGCGAGAGAGACACCUGGCUGGGACACAAGACAGGAGCAUGGCCGGCCUGCAGACCCCGCUUCUGGCUGCCCUCCUGCUCCUUGCUCUGGCUCCUCAAGCAACCGAAGCAGGCCCUUACGGAGCCAACGUGGAGGACAGCGUCUGCUGCCGGGACUACGCCCGCCGCCCGCUGCCCCCGCGCCUGGUGAAGUAUUACUACUGGACCUCAGACUCGUGCCGGAGGCCUGGCGUCGUCUUGCGAACCAUCAAGGACCGGGAGAUCUGUGCUGACCCCAGGGUACACUGGGUGAAGAAGAUUCUCCAGAACCUGGACUAAUGAGGAAGGGUCCUGCCCCGGUGACCGUGGCCUUGGCUCCUCCAGGAAGGCUCACGGAGCCCUACCUUCCGGCCAUGACAGCUGCGCCCCAGCCAGUGACUCUGUCUGUAACCCCCGAUCUCCAUCUCUACUCUCAUCCCCCCUCUUACCCCUCCAACCCAGCCUCUGCCCCACUGUAGCCAGUGGGCCCACAAUUCUGGCCAGUCACUCCCCUGCUCAAAUCCCUCCCAUGGCUCCCCAUUGCCCUAGGCUGAGGUCAGAGCGCCCGAGCUUGGCACCAGGCCCUCUGGAUCCUGGCCGCAACUCCGUCUCCAGCCCCAUCUCACAUCCCUUCAUGCACGUUGGAUUCCAAACCAGCGCCAAUUACAUUCCUACUUCCCGGCCGUGGCCUGUGCUCCCUAACACCCAGGAUGUCUCCCCAUCCCUGCACAGCCCCACCAGCCCUCCAAGGCGUAGCUCAGACUAAGCAGCCAGUAAUUGAGUUUCAAUUAUUUUAUUUUUUUCUCUUUGAUGCUAGGUUGGCAGAGUCCGUGUCUGUCACUUUCUACCAAAGAGUCCUAAGUGACUCACUAUUUCUGAGUAAUUGAUUUCAUUUUUUAGACGUCCACUGGCCCUCUGCCCUUCUUAACAGCCCUGGUUACAGUCUGCCCAGAAUCCUUGCUCGGCUGGACCAAGGUCCACGCCCGAGUUACUUUGUCUCCUGGCCUCCAGGACCGAGCACAGGGCCUGGCUCCGAAUCAGGACCCAGCAGACUGAAUCCAUAAAAGUAAGGCCCCUCUCCCGCCCCCAAAGGCCCUCACACGUCAAUGCCGUCAAUGCCAAGGCCACAGCUCAUCCGGGGAGCUGGGUCCCUUGUGAAGCCUUUAAUUUGCCCAGGUUCGCCUUUCUUUCCCCAUUUUACCUCUGUGCUGGGCUCUUUGCCCUUCCUGCUUCCCUCGGGUUUUUACUGUUCCUCCAACCUCCAAAACCCAGGCCUGACCUUUUCAGAGACCCUGACUUUCCCUUCCUGUUUCCCCAAAUAGCUGAUGAUGGAAUUCACGCUAUGGUGUGAAUGACUACCCUUCGUUUGGUAUUUAACUCGAGUUAAAUUUGUAUAUGAGAAGAAGGCAGCCCGGCCAGUGUAGGUCAGUGGUCGAACAUUGACCUAUGAAUCAGGAGGUCACCGUUCA